AUGAAACCGUCAUGUUCCAUCCACGGCGUGGUGCAUCAACCACGGACCCACGGCACAGCCAGCCUGAGCCGGAGGUAUGAAGGCAUGGUCCUCACGCAGGAGGAGAUCGACGGUUGCCGAGAUGCUUUCCUCGCCUUCGAUAAGGACCGGAGCGGCAAUAUUGAUGUGUGGGAACUGCGACAGGUGCUGGAAGCGAUGGGGCAGAAACCAACGGAAGAGGAGCUCUUUCAGAUGAUAAGCGAGGUAGACGACAACAUGUCUGGCUCCAUCGACUUUCCGGAGUUUCUCAAGGUUAUCGAGAACCAAAAGACUCGGGCGCAAAACUUCGACGACGAGACGGACAUGAUCGACGCCUUCGUCGCUUGUGGAGGGAGGAUGGACAAAACGGGUCACGUCAAAAGGGGCGCCUUGGUAAAGAUCAUCAAGGUUGACUUCGGCCUGACGAUAAACAUAGAGGACCUCAUCAACAAGAUCGACGCAGACGGCUCGGGCGAGAUCGAGUUUCCCGAGUUCAAGGCCCUCCUCUCCUGA